AUGAACUCACGAAAGAGGUACUCUAGCAGUAAAUCGCAGAUUCGCAAGAACAUUGGAUUCAAAUUAGAUUUUGUAUCACUUGCUUCUACCAUCAAUGACAAUGAACUGACUCCUAGAGAUUACCAAUUAUCGGAUUCGUACACCGACAGACUGAACCAUCAUCACACAAAUGAUAACAUAACUUUCCCAGAGUCCGAAAUAUCAAGAUCAACCAACCUUGAGGAUAGUAUAGAUCCAUUAGAGCAAGAACAAGAAUUGAGAGUCAGAGCAUUGGAAAAAACACCAAAUAACAAAAUUAAACUCUUCAAGCGCCACAAUGACAAUGAUGAUUCACGAUCGAUUGCUGAGACCGUCAAUAAGAUAAACGACGAUGACAAAGCGUUCGCAUCGCUGGAGGAUCACCCAUCCCCUUUGACAAUCGGGAAUGAUAAUGAUGAAAUACUCCGGAUCAUUGACACCAAUGAACCAACCGUGAUUGAAGAAAUCAAGAAAUUGUCCCCGUUGCUUUUGGAUUUAAGAAAAUCGAUGAUGUCUGACUUUGCCGACCCCAAUUAUAAUUGCCCCGACCCAUUAAAGACCUAUAAUGUCAAAGAAUUGAACUCUCAAUACAAUGCCCGGGUUAGAAAAAUCAAUAACCAUCAACAUAACAAUUUCAUGAACCCCGACGGCCCUUCCUCUGAGUUCGACACCGAUUACUACCAGCCAGACGACAAACAUGGCCGAUCAUUGCUAGUAUCUAAGGCUACAUUGAUCAGAGCCGAGCGGGCCAGAGCGUCUCUCAGUGCUUAUUAUGUAUUUUUGGAAAAAUAUCAACAACCAUUCACACCGAGUAGUACCACAGAUGAAGGGGAUCACGAAGUGUCGAUCGACGGUGAUGAUGACGAUGAUCAUGAUGAAAAUAAGAAAACCAAUAACUACAAUAAGGAUUCGGAAACACGAUUGACAUUAUCUUGGAAUCCUUUGCAAAUCAUUAGAAAUCGGAAAGCGAUGAAAAAACGGGACAUGACUUCUUUACAAACCUUACAAAAACGGUUCACCCAUCCAUUAGCGUCGACCACUUUCUCAACUAACCCAAAGAAAAAAUUGAUUUGGACGAUCCCUAGCUAUGAAAUAGUUAACAAUUAUUAUUGGUCAAGAAGACACUGGGAUAUUUUAAAAAACUCGAAGGGCCAGUUGAUUUUCCAAGAUUAUUGGGACUCCCACAGAAUUAUCAAUCACCACCAUAAACAACCGCUUUAUUCCCGCCGCAAUAGUAGCAAUACCCCGGAGACCCAUCAUAAUAACCAUCCACAAAAACAGAAUAGCGGUAGCUCUUUGAAUAAACUCAAUAAGAAUAGCAGCAAUUUGCGGAAAAAAUCCUACAAGAGCCGCUCGAGUUCGAGUUUUGAGAAUUUCAAUAUUUCAAACUCCCAUUUCCAAUUAUCAAUUCCAUUUGUCUCCACCACCAAAAAUCAUCAUCAGUCUACCAAAAAUAACUCAUUUAGUAAUAGUAGUUCUAACCAUAGUAAUGUUGGGUUGACGGUACCAGAACCAUUGAACGAGAGUACUACCUCGAUGGUUUCAGAUUCUUUGGGCUUAUUGGAACCAAACAACAACAAUAAUAAUGUUAUUGAAGAAUCGCCAUUAAACAAGAAACAUCACCAUUUCUCCACCCCGUCGUUAAACGAAACCAUAGAUCCCGUGGUGAUGCUCAAUAAUGACGAACCAGUUUUCCUCAAAGAAGGUUCUAAAUUGGAUAACGUAUCCAGUAGAUUGAAGAAGAUAUCACAAAACAAAGGGUUUGUCAAGAAUAAAUUGAUUAGCAAGAUCAAUAAAUCAAAAGAUAAUGCCAGUGCGGGAGGAAUAAUCACCAAUGACGGCGGUAAAUUGGGCGAGGGUUUAGUGGAUAUUGGCUAUGAUAUCAACAAAUCUUUCAAAGACUUGGAUAAUUCAUUUGAUGGCCAUACCGAUGAUGGAGUGACGAAAAUCCUUGGCAAUGUUCCUAUCCAGCCGAUUUCAAGAAGAAUUGUUUCCAACGGGUCGUCUGUAUCAUCACUUGGGUUGGCCCCGAAAGUUGGUGGGAAACCGCUCGUGCAUAAUAUCGGUAGAGAUAAUGAUCUUGUGGAAUUUGAAGAAGAUGACAAUUCAUUAGAGCCGUACUCGGAAACCCACAGGUCUUCAUCUAAUAACUUUGAGGAGACUGAAGAACGAGGCAAAGAGACAGAAAAUGCAUUGGACAACCCCUCUCAUGUUGAAGACGAGAAUCAUUCUAAACGACAGGCAUGUUUCAGAACCGGUUUGCGAGACGAAAUCAGGCUGGCAAAUAUCAGGCUCUCGUUGAUUAAUAACCAUGUGGAAAUUCAACGAUAUAAAUAUUCCAGAGCAUUCGAACUUACAAAACGCAAUGGUCCAGGGUCUUCGAAUUCUUCUUCUUUGGCAUCUUCUCCUCUAAGUAGCAGACCGGAGAAUCAGAUUUCGUCAGUAUCAGAAUUUCUGGCUCUUUACGACCUGACAAACAGUUCUUUUGAAUGGAUCUCCAAUUUGUUGCCAAUUUAUUUGAAGUUUUUAACAAAAGAGAUUGAAAGACUAAGCAAGAUGAAAUCCAACCUUAAUGAUAACCAUUCGGAUAAAAUCGACCAAUUGUUGUCGACUGCCGACAGAUUGAUUUCAAAAAUCAACACUGGGUUGUCGAUCAAUUUGAAGAAUAUCAAUGAAAAGUUAUCCUAUAGUAAUAAUAGGCUUUUCAAAAUGAAUAGUGAUGGUCUUUAUGCCCAGAAAAUCUUUUUCUUGGUAGUGGAGUAUAGUAUUAUUGGACUGCUAUAUUUUAUAUGGUUGACCAUGAGCUUCUUCAAACUCAUUUACAAGAGUCUUGCUUUAAUUAUCAAGGUUCUUCAAUGGAUCUUUUGGUGA